AGUACGAGGUGCGUGUGCCGUUGAUGCUGGGGAAGGAGGAGGAGACGCCGACGAAGACGACGCCGACGACGGAGGAGGAGGAGAAGAAGGAGGAGGCUGCUCUGGCUGCGCUGCGCGGGGGCUGUUGUUGUCGCUCUCCGCGGCUCGACCCGCAGCGCCUGCCAGGAAGGCCCCGGAGCGGCCCGGCCGGGCGACGGCACCAUCGGCAGCAUGAGCGAUAACGAUGACAUCGAGGUGGAGAGCGACGCUGACAAACGUGCUCACCACAAUGCACUGGAGCGCAAACGUAGGGACCACAUCAAGGACAGUUUCCACAGCCUGCGGGACUCUGUGCCAUCGCUUCAGGGAGAGAAGCAACAGGCAUCCCGGGCCCAAAUCCUAGAUAAAGCCACAGAGUACAUCCAGUACAUGCGCCGGAAAAACCACACACACCAGCAGGACAUUGAUGAUCUAAAGCGCCAGAACGCCCUGCUGGAGCAGCAAGUUCGUGCACUGGAGAAGGCAAGGUCAAGUGCUCUGCAGGCCAACUAUUCCUCUUCAGACAACAGCCUCUACACCAACCCCAAGGGCAGCACCAUCUCUGCCUUUGAUGGGGGCUCCGACUCCAGUUCAGAGUCUGAGCUGGAAGAGCCUCAGAGCCGGAAGAAGCUUCGUAUGGAGGCCAGCUAGAAGAGGUCUCCGUUCCCGCUGCCAUUAGACACUUGCUGGCUGCUUAAGGACUUUCCUUUUUUCUCUCUCCCUUUAGUAGAGGCUCUCGGACUGCAGCUUCCUCUGUUCCUUGUCCCUUUCUGGCCCCUUUUGAGUUAAUCCAAAACCCUGGCUUGGCAGCUUACCUUCUGGAAGACAGCAGCCAUAGCUUGGAGCAAAAUGCAAUUCUGUCCUGUCCUGUCCUGUGGCUGCAAGUUUCUAGUGCCAUGAAUGCCCAGGCCAUUUGAUGAACUCAUGAGUCUGCGAUUGCCUGGGCUGCGUGGGGACAAUGACCUCUCCAUUCUUCCACUAGAGCUACACCAGCCUCUCUGUCGCAUUUAUCAAAAUAUUUCUAUUUAUGACAACAAAGCCAAACAUCCCCUGAAGAAUCUUGGUGGGGGAGGGGGGCAUGCAGACACAUGCAUGUAUGUCCCUUCUUGCCUCAAGGGAUGGUGCAAGAUUCAGGAUGUGGUGGGGAGAUGACUGUCCUUUUUGUAUUUUGGCAAUUGAUUAAUUGGUAUUUAUUUCCUCCUAUGGAAACUCAGUCUGGUCAGAUUCCUCUUCCUGCUGCGGACAUUGGUGAUGUGAAGCUACAGAUUCGUACCGUGAUCAAUUCUUCCCUCUUUUUGAAUUUCUCAGAAAUAGAGCCAGCUUUUUUUAAUGUAAAUACACCACAAGCUUUGUUACUUGGUACUAAUAACUGCAUCAAAGCGUGGACCUCCUGCCCUCUGGCAAAUGGGCCAAUUACCCAUGUGAGUUAAAGGGGCACAGGUUGUGAGUGAGCAAAGGCCGCUGUGUGUAUGUGUGCAUGUGCACGCGCAUGUGCAUGGGCGUGUGCAUGCGUGUGUGUGUGUGUGUGUGUAUAUAUAUAUGAUUUUUUUUUUUUGUCUUCUUCCCACUCUCGUUUGUGGCGUUUUUUGAAUUUAGUGUAUACAAAUGUAGCUUGGUCUCUGUCCAGGUGUGAGUCUAUUCCAUGGAACUGAAGUAUGUUGUACAUACUGCCCAAGAAUUGUCUUGCAAGUUAAGGCUUCCCUUUACUAUAAGACUAUAAAUAAAAAAAAUAUUUUAUCCUU